GUCAAACACCUAUGGGCACAUCAACUGUUAUCUCUCCCGAGAUCAAUGCGAACAGUUACGCAACAGCUUUCACCGGAUCGACUAUUCGGUGGGGGGACGCGUACUCGUCGCGCGCUUUCAACUUUGCCUGGCGUUUACGCACAGGGGGAGAGGACUCCACUUCCCAGCAGACCUUGCGGCUCGCUCGCUCGCUUCACUAGAGUUGGCACCGUGAGUGUAGUUGGCUCCAGUUGACAGUCGGCUCAUGAUUCACUUCAUUAAUAAUAAAUAAAUAGUUGGGUGUCAUGGCGGAAUCCGCAGCGUGUCCUGCCUUCCAGCUCGGCAGACCCAGAUACGACCAGGGUUCCUUCCUUGGGCGUCUCAGACACUUCAUAGACAUCAUUGACCCCAGCACCCUGUUUGUGUCAGAGACGCGGCUGAAGGAAUGCAUCAAACUCCUCGAUGAUUACAAACAGGGUUUUCUCCCAGCUGGAGUCACUGAUCUUCAGCUGUGGGAAGCCCAGAAGAUCAAGCAGGCCAUCAUUCACCCUGAUACAGGAGAGAAGAUCUUCAUGCCAUUUCGAAUGUCAGGUUAUGUGCCAUUUGGAACGCCGAUUGUCAUUGGCCUUCUCCUCCCAAAUCAGACUGUGGUGUCAACCAUUAUAUGGCAGUGGCUGAAUCAGAGUCACAAUGCUUGUGUGAACUAUGCCAACCGCAACGCCACCAAGCCCACGCCUACAUCUAAGUUCCUUCAAGGCUACGUAGGAGCUGUGACGAGUGCUGUCUCCAUCGCCGUCGGGCUGAACGUGCUGAUUCAGAAGGCUAACAAGUUGUCCCCUGCCACCAGAAUGAUAAUACAGAGAUUAGUGCCUUUCCCGGCUGUAGCCAGUGCAAACAUCUGUAACGUGGGGCUGAUGAGACACAAUGAACUGUCUGAAGGUGUCGAUGUGCUGGACAACAACGGGAACGUGGUGGGAUCGUCCAAAAUCGCUGCAAGACAUGCGAUCAUGGAAACAGCCUUCACACGUGUGGUUCUCCCGAUGCCAAUCUUUGUCUUGCCUCCCAUCAUCAUGUCCUACCUAGAGAGGCUGAGGUUCCUGCAGAGUCACCGCAGACUGCUGCUGCCCGUCCACAGCUUCGUGUGCCUGGUUACGUUCGGCCUCUCGCUGCCUGUGGCCAUCAGCCUGUUCCCGCAGAUUUCUCAGAUUGAGGUGUCUCGCCUUGAGCAGGAGAUUGCCAUGGCAACAGAUUGCAAAGUGGUAACCUACAACAAAGGUUUAUGAUGGAGACGCGGCAGGAUUGAGAAGCUACAGUCGAGUUCCUCCUCCCAACGACGGGUUUAGGAACGCCUGAGAGUCGAUCGUCACAUACUCAGCCGCGGUUUCUUAACCUUUAAUUUGACUCGUGGUUUAAUCUGAGCCUCAAAAUCUAGUGAUUCUUUUGUUUUUAUAGAAAUUAAUAUAUAUUUACUGUAAAAUCUGUUUUGGUUUUUUUAGCAUUUACUGAAUUAAGAUGAUUUUAAUAUAUACAGUACACUGCAGUAUUUAUCAGCCACGUAUAGUUGUGGCUUAUCAAGUGUAUUUGGAGCCUUUUUUAAAAGAGAGACUGGUUCAUAAAUGCAGUUUGAACGGUGACAUGAGAUCAACCUCUGAGCAAACACAUUAUGUGCAGCAACAUUUGCUCUUAAUGCUCCAAAAUCUCUGGUUAUUUAACAGUUAAAGUACUCUUUUCUACUACAGCGGAUUUUUAUAUAUAACAACAGCUGCAGCUGACGUGACAGGGGCCAUAAAAUGCUGCCACAAGGGGGCGAUCCAGGUGUUUUUAGGCUCCACUUUUGGACGCUUCCACAUUGUCCGUCCUCAUAUUAUACAGUCCUGCUGGUCCUGACUCCUGAGUGUGAGCCAUAACGUAGUGGGAAACACAUAUUAUUAUUAUGUGCUUUUUAGAUUUAGAGGCUUGUUUUAGAGCCUGAAUAAUAACAAAUGUAUCAGCUGUUUGUUUGUUUUUUAUUAGGGUUCCUUCAGAAUACGACAUUCAGUAACUGUGGCCAGUAGCAAAUGAUGUGCUAAAUUGUAUUAUUGUGAUGGAGAAAGUGGCAAAAGGACACUCUGAUGAACUGUAACAUCACCACGUUAUAUAUUGUAUAAUGAGAAACCUUCAUAAUGAAAGAAUCACAUGGGAAUUGAUCACCUCAAUGUGUAAAGCCACAAUCAGGGGCCAUUUAGAGACUGUACUGUAGAUUAGUUUACAUUCUUUUUGAUUUUUAAUCAACAAUCUAAUGUGAAGUACGUUUACCUAAAUAAUAUGAAUCAACCAUGUGUUUUCCACGUUUCCUCAAAUAGCCACGAACUACUGUCUGACAGGGAUUUGACUCCACUACUGACGACUUUGUGUAUUCCUACUGCAGUAUUUUAAAUGUUAAACGUAUAACUUGUAACAGUAUAUAUUAUACUUCUGAUGAUGAUGAUGAUGAUGAUUUACAUUCUUUUGUAUAACAGUUUUAUUGGCAUUGCAAUGUUUAUUAAAUGUUUGCCAGUCAAACAAUGUGAAACACUGACAGUAUAAUAGUUAAAAAAACACACAUAAAUAAUAAAUAAUCUCUCUAUUCA